GUUUUGGAGCGUUGCAUUUUAAUCAUUGCUUUCCAUUUUUUAAAUCUCAUAUACAUAACCUUCAACAUGGAUUUAUCCAAGGUCGAUCAACAGUAACCCAGUUAUUGACAGUCUAUCAUGAUAUGUUGGAUACUUUAGCGAGCGGUCAGGAGGUGGACGUUAUACACCUGGAUUUUUCAAAGGCCUUUGAUAAAGUGUCGCAUAACCUAUUAUUGAACAAAUUUAACGGUCAUGGAAUCGGAGGUCCUCUCUUGCAAUGGUUUGCCAGCUAUCUUUCUCACACGUGUCAACGUGUAAUGCUGGAGGGUGAAUUCUCAGACUGGCUGCCUGUAACAUCCGGAGUACCGCAGGGAUCAAUCUUAGGGCCUCUAUUAUUCAUUAUCUACGCCAACGACAUGCCCUACUGUUUAUCUGGUGAAUCAAAGUUAGCUCUUUUUGCUGAUGAUUCUAAACUCUUCAGAUCUAUGUCGUCUAGAA